UCAGUCUGGAUUCGACCAUAAAAUGUUUUGGAGUAAAUGCGGUGGACAUGACCAUACAGUGCUAGUGAUGAGAAUUCGCGGAACUAACGAGAUUACCGGAGGGUAUAAUCCGCUUGAAUGGUCGAUGAAACAAAAUGGGUAUAUGAGAACUGAAAAUAGUUUUCUUUUUUCGCUUAAAAAUGGUAAACAGAAAUCUAUAGUCAGUCGAGUAAGAAAAGACAAGGUUGAUGAGGCCAUCUAUAUUUGUCGUUCACAUGGCCCAAAAUUUGGUAAACGAGAUAUGUUUAUGGGAAAAACCUUCAACAGUGUAGAAAAAAAUGAUCAAUGUAAGUGUAAAUUUAAAAAUUACCAAGUGAAAAUUAGGAGUACAAAAAAAUUUUCUAUCGACGAAUAUGAAGUAUUUCAAGUUUUUAGAAAAUUCGACAUGUAUCCUCCCAGCAGCCAAUAA